AUCGUAUGAAAGUGAAACUAUUAAGACGUGACACCCUUUCACUGCUGUCUGUAAAAUACAUUCUUCUUAACUAAGUAUUUCCUACUUCCUGUUUAACAAUCGACAGGUUGGAUGCUGCUACUCUCCUUUCUAGAUGGCGGGUAAACUUGAAGCCAUCCGAACACAGUUAGUAGAACGCUGCCACUCUGCACUUUUGCAAGGUUUGCUAGAUGAAUUACGCUUAAGACGUGUGCUCGAUGCUUUAGAGGUAGAGCAUAUCAAUGAAAAUCAACCUCAGCGUGCGAACAAAUGCCGAACAAUGAUUGAUACGGUGAUAAAGAAAGGAGAUGCCAGCUGCAAUAUACUACUCCAAAUUAUUAUAGAAAAGGAUCCGGCUCUUAGUGAGCAUCUGGGAAUACCAGGUGCAUUGUGAAGACAAAGAAUACAUCCCCAUAUAUAAAGUAGGAGACAAGAACGAAAGACAACGGAUAUCACACAUUAGCACGCCAAAGCAUGUGCUUUAUAUUUUUAUAAAUAAAGGCAACUAAAUAUUUGUCUCCAAUUAUUGUAUUAUUUACAUC